AUGUCCUCGAAGGUUGGGAUGGAGGACUUCACGGCCACCCGGCCCAGCGCCGUGAUCGUGCUCGACCUGGAAUCGGAGGCUGAUGUGCUGGCAAGGGUUAGCGGCCGGAGAGUAGACAUGGCUACAGGCAAGAACACAACUAUAUCGACAAGCAAGCGGACGAUCCCCAUGUUUACGAAAAGUACAAGCAAGGGUAAAGGUGAAAUCUACCACCAAGAGUUCCGGCCACCGCCGGCUGGGGACUUCGGCGACGAGGACGGUGGCGUAACCGUCGACGCCCUGCCCGGCGACGGAAUCCCCGGGGCCGUCACCGCUAGGCUAGAGUCUUACCGGCGCAAGUGCGAUGACGUCGUGAGAUCAUUCGCGUCGACUGAGGGAGGAAGAGGAGGAGGAGGUGCCGCCCGCGCGGAUGGCGAACAGAAGCAAGGGCAGUACGGGGACGGAGGAGCGGGAGGGGGGGACGGAGUGUUUCAGUGGGAUGCUGGAGCAUCGACCGCGCUAACCGGCUGA